AUGCAAAAAAAAACAUGUAUAUAUAUAUAUAUGCAAAUAGCUUAUAUAUAUAUAUAUACUGUAAGGUUGUUGGGAAAGCUGGUUGCCAAGGGGCUUGUGCAGAAAUGAUUGCACCAGUUGCUCUUCAUCUAGUACCCCAGUCUCAAACCAGGAAAGCACAGAAGACAUGACAACCCAUCAAAGACCAAGGUAACGUCAGCCACUUCAGGCUUUAGGUGUUUAGGCAGUCUAGGGUUUAGGAUUUAGGUGUUCUCCAUCUCCUGGACCGGCGCCGGGAUCCAGAUCAAGCAGGCCUGCAAGUUGGCAAACACACUAGUGCCACGGGGUGGCUUUCUGUGCAAUCCAAGAGAUCAACCCAAAGAAUGGAUCCUUCCCCCCCACGCACAUCUUCUGACGCACGAAUCCUCUGUCUGACCAUCCAUUCCCCUAGCCAGAGACUUCAUGCUCCCCUUUCUUCUCUCAAAGGCAUCAGGGUUUGGAAUGCCCUGUAAAUGGCUGAUAAAUCUCCACACCAUGAUUGUGACACAUGUUGGUCUUCGCACAUCUUGUUAAUUCUGCUGGCCUGCCAUGUCCUCUCUCGCAUAGAUUCUCCCCUCAAGUUCCGCUCACAGGACACUUGGCCCCUCCAGAAUGCACAUGUCACAUGUCUCAAGACAUGCCAGAUCCUGGAUUUAAGAAACUGAUGUCUCACAAUUCAACUGGAGUUUGUGUCCGAUUUUGCGGGUGAUUUCGGGGAGGGGGCCUUCUGAGACUACUUUUUGUCUUCAAAACACCAAAGAAAGUGAGUGUGGGAGCAACCAUACACUGCACCGGCAACCAUACACUGCACUGCAUCGGUGGUAGACCGAUCUUCCGAGGUCCAACUGGACCGAUCUUCCGAUCCCUCUGCUGUCCAUUCCUUCCCGGUGGCCGACUCACUCAUUCCCUUUUUCCCCGGACAACUGGAUGUUGUUCAGUCAUUUCUUAGCGUCCGUUCAGAACUCGCCGUGAAGGAACACGUGCCCCAAUUCCCAUGCAUCACGUGCCCCAAUGCGGAAGGGUGGGUCUGUUGAGGAUUGUUGGAGGGUCAUUGGUCAGCGCCCCAAGAUAGUUCUGCAUUGCGCGCUCACUUUCGCACAAGCACAUUGCACUUGUCUUCUGAAUCAUUAGAAGAACUCAACUAGUCCUUGACCUUUGUCAGGGUGCUGCAACAAAGUCUCAAAAAAUCCUGACCUAGCUUCGUUGCACAAGCAGCCACACAUCGAAAAAUUGGAAAAGGCAGCGGUGGAUGUUGCAUCCGCUAUCUUUCACUCUCUCAGCAGUGAGAAGCAUCCGUAGUUCCAAGCGCGGCAACCCAGCCAGCAGUCGUGGCCAGCGCUUCCCACGGCCGUGGCCAUCCUCGUCUCUGCUGCGGCGUUCGGUCUCCGGGGCCCUUUGCUUGUAGCAUGACAAAGAGUGAACGCCAGGACUCCCGCUUCGGAACCCCGGAGGGCCCAGGAGUCCUUGUGCAAGUACUUCCGCGCAAGCGCAACUUGCUUGAUUCUCGGAAUCUUCAGGUUAAAACUGAACUAUUCAUCAUAGUCCCAAUACAUCUUGGCCUAUGCAAAUUUCGACAAGCAUUGCAGGUUGGCAAGCCUCAUUUCAAAAGCAGCUGUAUGCUGGUGAAAGGCAGAAGUGCAUGUUGCAUCCACUGUGCUUCACAUGUACCUGCCACAGGCUGUGGGAUCAUAAGAACCCCAGAACAAAGCGGCUGUGCCAGUGGCUCAGCAUUGCGUCGCUUCCUCAUCGUUCGCUCAGCUGGCUCAGCUACUCAUGUAGACAUAGAGCCUGGCAGUCCACAAGGGCACAACAUGAAAGUGAAGGAAUUGUCUUUGCAAAUGACACCUUCGCACCGAGGCUCGCCGAGGCCCGCUUGGUCCUUCUGCGUGGUCAUUCUGUCCGAAGUCGAACAAAACCCAGAGUCCGCCCAGCCCAAGUCCGCAAGUAACAUCUGACAUCUGACAUACAUGAAUCAAAUGGUUUAUUCAAGUGGUUCAUCUAACAAUACAUCAGGUCCACCUUUCAUCAUGAAUCAUGCAUAGUACUUCACUCGACAUCGCAUCGUACAUGUCACUCGUGUGGACUGGACUUCUCAUUCUCCCAGUGCCAAGUCUCUUGGCGCCUGCCCUGUACCCAGUCUUUUGGACCAGUCUGCCAAGUCUCGGCCUGACCACAGCAGAACACGUGGGAUGGUGAAAGGAUAGAAGUUGGCCCAGCGAGUCCAGCUGCACCAACAUCCAUCUGGUAGAGACGGCCAUUCCGUGAGGACAUAGCAUGACAAAGCAUGACACAACCUGUGAAGCACAUGGCUUUUCACAACGUUUGAUGGGCAACGUGGUUUAGGACAUGUCUGCCCUGCGUGAUCUCCUCUUCGGAACCCCGGAGGGCCAGGAGUUCGCGAGCAGCAUCUGACAUCUAACAUGCAUGAAUCAUGCGUGGUGAAUCAGUUUUCUUCCAGUGUUAAACCCUGUAGAAGCUCUCAACCACUCCUCCCAUGCCAUGUCGCACACCUCUAAGUAGGUUUGACUCCUGCUUGACUUGUACCAAGUCUCUUCGCCAGACCCCUGAGGGCAAGGCACAUGCAUGUAAGCUCUGCUCAUACAGCCCUGCAUAUCACUUUUUUGUAAGCAUCUCGCACCCAACGUAGUUCCUGCUUCGUGCAUGCAAUGUUCGCGCAAGCACAAUCCACUUGGUCCUCUAAAUCAUCAGGUGAAAACUGAAAUGUUUCUUCACCUUUGUCAAAGUGGAGUCAAAAAUUCUACAAGAUUCUACCUUCCAAUUCGGAAGCAGCCAGAAAGCCUUCAGAAACGUGGAAGGCAGGGUUAAAGGUUGCAUAUGUACAAGUGCCGGAAAGUGUUGCCACAAGCUGUGAGCUUCAAGCAGCUUGAACAUAGAGCUAAGAAAAGCACCAGCGGUGAACAAAGAAAACAAAGGACUUCCUGAUCAAGCUCAGCCAAAGCGUGCCCUAGGCAUCCAGCGCCAGCAGCCAGCACAAGAAGCCACGUUGUAGAAGUGGAGCCGGGCAGUCCGCAAGGACACAGCAUGACAAAGCAUGAAGCAAUUUGUGGAGCAAAUGGCUCACAAAGUUCGCAACAAGAUUCAGGACAUGUCUGCCCUAACGGCACUCCUCUUCGGAACCCCGGAGGGCUAGGAGUCUGCGGGCAUCUAACAUCUGACAUGCAUGAAUCAUGAAUCAUGGAGUACCUCACGUGACAUGACAUGUACUGAGCCCUGUAGUACUCAGCCCCUCCUCCGAUGCCAUGAAGCCACAUGUAGGUGUCAACUCCCGCUUGACUUGUACCAAGUCUCUUCACCAAGCCCCUCAGGGUGCUCGGAAACAUGAGUGUACGCUCUGCUCCUGGCGCCCUGCAUGUGACUCUUUUGUAAGCAUCUCGCACCCAACGUAGUUUCUGCUCCGCGCAUGCAAUGUUCUUGCAAGCACAAUUUACUUGGCCAUCUCUUCACCUUCUUCAAGGUGGAGUCAAAAAUUCUACAAGAUUCUACGACAUCCCUUUCUCUCGCACACCCGAAUGGCCCUUACCAGCUUCCAAUUCCGAAGCAGCCACAAAGCCCUCAGAAACGUGGAAGGCAGGGUUGAAGGUUGCAUAUGUACACGCGCCAGGAAGCGUUGCCACAAGCUGUGAGCUUGAACAUAGAGCGUAGAAAAGCACCAGUGGUGAACCAAGGACUUCCUGAUCAAGCUCAGCUAAAGCUUGCCCUAGGCAUCUAGCGCCAGCAGCCAGCACAACAAGCCGCUUUGUAGAAGUAUUGCUCGGAAUGUCGAGCAAAUGGCUUUUCACAACCUUUGAUGGGCAAGGUGGUUUAGUCUCUUCGCCAGACCCCUGAGGGCAAGGCACAUGCGUGUAAGCUCCGCUCAUACAGCCCUGCAUAUGACUUUUUUGUAAGCAUCUCGCACCCAGCGUUCCUGCUUCGUGCAUGCAUGUUUAUGCGAGCACAAUCCACUUGGUCCUCUGACUCAUCAGGUGAAAACUGAAAUAUUUCUUCACCUUCUUCAAGGUGGAGUCGAAAGUUUUACGACAUCCCAGCUUCCCAUUCGGAAGCAGCCAGAAAGCCUUCAGAAACGUGGAAGGCAGGGUUAAAGGUUGCAUAUGUACAAGUGCCGGAAAGUGUUGCCACAAGCUGUGAGCUUCAAGCAGCUUGAACAUAGAGCUAAGAAAAGCACCAGCGGUGAACAAAGGAAACAAAGGACUUCCUGAUCAAGCUCAACCAAAGCAUGCCCUAGGCAUCCAGCGCCAGCAGCCAGCACAAGAAGCCACGUUGUAGAAGUGGAGCCGGGCAGUCCGCAAGGACACAGCAUGACAAAGCAUGAAGCAAUUUGUGGAGCAAAUGGCUCACAAAGUUCGCAACAAGAUUCAGGACAUGUCUGCCCUAACGGCACUCCUCUUCGGAACCCCGGAGGGCUAGGAGUCCGCGGGCAUCUAACAUCUGACAUGCAUGAAUCAUGAAUCAUGGAGUACCUAAACCGUGACAUGACAUGUACUGAGCCCUGUAGUACUCAGCCCCUCCUCCGAUGCCAUGAAGCCACAUGUAGGUGUCAACUCCCGCUUGACUUAAGCCCCUCAGGGUGCUCGGAAACAUGAGUGUACGCUCUGCUCCUGGCGCCCUGCAUGUGACUUUGCUGAAAACUGAACCAUUUCUUCACCUUUUUCGUGGAGUCGAAAGUUCUACGACAUCCCUUUCUCUCAUUCUGCACUGUACAAGCUGCUGCUAGACUGUAUGCUGCAAAAUGCUUUGCCUGAACACCAAAGCAUAGACAAAGGGUAGGCAGUGAAUGGCUGCAAACGGUCUGGUCAAGCACAGCUUCGGCUUGCCAGAAGAAUCCAGUCCAAGCAGUCAGCAUCCAAUCACACGCAUGUGAUAGAAGUAGAGCUCGGCAGUCCGCCAGGACAUGGCAUGGCAAAGCAUGAUGCAAUUUGUAGAUCAAAUGGUAACGUCUGACAAGCUGGAUUGCUUCGACUGGUGGCAGGUCUCUUCCGUGGACAUGCCAACCUGGGGGCCCUGUUGGCGCCGUAAGCGAACUUGUAACAUGCGUGUGCAACUCGAAUCAUCCAGGUUGGUCUCAAUGGGUUCGUGCGGGUCUUGUCUCACUAGACACACCGACACAUGUCCGCGAGACACACGCACACACCAACGGUGCGGCAAGCAGCAAAAAGCAAGCUACCCUCAAACCUGCCCGAGGCCAUCCAUGGUUGAGACCGCGCGCUGCACCCGUCCUUUGGGCAAAUUCUAGCCUCCCAAAGAGGGGCCGUCUGAGACAUGUCCCAGUGCACCAGGUCUUGCCCCAGGUCUUCUCAGGUGAAUGGGACCACAAGAUAGAAACAUGUUGGCCAUUUGCAAAUCAAUUUGACGGGAUCUUCGACCCCUGCAGUCUGAGGUCUUUGUCUCCAGACAGUCUGAAGUCAGAGUCAUGAUUCUUCGCAGCUCUCCCGGAGG